CUGCUCAUUUCCCUGGCAAAUAAACCAGCAGCUGCUGGCCCACGUUCCGAGUCACCACCAAGAACAGGCACUGUGUGCAUGGGACAGGAUGCUUGCAUGGAGCCCUGCGGUGGCAUGGUUGGCACCUUUCGGUGCAAAAUGUACCUCCUUCUCUUAGGUGUCUGCUCGGGGCUGAAGGUGACAGUGCCAUCAUACACUGUCCAUGGCGUCAGGGGCCAGGCCCUGUACCUCCCUGUGCACUACGGGUUCCACACACCGGCAUCAGACAUCCAGAUCAUCUGGCUGUUCGAGAAACCCCACACGAUGCCCAAGUAUUUGCUGGGCUCUGUGAAUGAGUCGGUGGUUCCUGACCUGGAAUACCAGUACAAGUUCACCAUGAUGCCGCCCAACGCGUCUCUGCUCAUCAACCCACUGCAGUUCACUGACGAAGGCAGUUACAUCGUGAAGGUCAAUGUCCAGGGGAAUGGCACUCUGUCCGCCAGUCAGAGGGUGCAAGUCACUGUCGACGAUCCUGUCACAAAGCCGGUGGUGUGGAUCCAUCCUGCCUCUGGGGCUGUGGAGUAUGUGGGGAACAUGACCCUAACGUGCCGUGUGGAAGGGGGUACUCGGCUGGUCCACCAGUGGCUGAAAGAUGGGAGGCCUGUCCAUACCAGUUCAACCUACUCCUUCUCUCCCCAAAACAACACCCUUCAUGUUGCUCCCGUGACCAAGGACGACAUCGGGAAUUUCAGCUGCCUGGUGAGGAACCCAGUCAGUGAGAUGGAAAGUGAUGUCGUCACACCCGUCAUAUAUUAUGGCCCUUAUGGACUUCAAGUGAAUUCUGAUAAAGGGCUGAAGGUCGGGGAGGUGUUCACUGUGGACCUUGGAGAAGCCAUCCUGUUUGAUUGCUCCGCUGACUCUUAUCCCCCCAACACCUACUCCUGGAUCCAGAGGGCUGACAAUGCAACCCAUGUCAUCAAGCAUGGGCCUCGCUUAGAAGUGGCAUCCGAGAACAUGGCCUGGAAGACGACGGACUACAUGUGCCGUGCUUACAACAACAUAACUGGGAGGCGAGACGAAACUCGCUUCACAGUCAUCGUCACUUCUGUAGGACUUGAGAAAUUUGCACAGAGAGGGAAGUCACUGUCUCCCUUAGCAAGCAUAACUGGAAUAUCACUAUUUUUUAUUAUAUCCAUGUGUCUUCUCUUCCUAUGGAGAAAAUAUCAACCCUGCAAAGUUAUAAAACAGAACCUGGAAGGCAGGCCACAAACAGAAUAUCGGAAAACUCAAACAUUUUCAGGUCACGAAGAUGCUCAAGAUGACUUCGGAAUAUAUGAAUUUGUUGCUUUCCCAGAUGCUUCUGGUGUGCCCAGGGUGCCGAGCAGGUCUGUUCCAGCCUCUGCUGGUGUCUCAGGGCAGGACGUGCACAGCACUAUUUACGAGGUGAUCAGACACAUCCCUGCCCAGCAGGACCUUCCCGAGUAA